GGAAGAGGAAAAAAAAGAAAAAAGAAGGGACAGGAAGAAAGGUGAAGAAGGAGGAGGAGGAGGAGGAGGAGGUGAAGGUGGUCGAAAGCUUCGGUGACAACGGAGGAGUAUCGGGGGAGGUGGGAGGCAAAAAAAUAAAAAGAAUUGAGGAUUCGAAUCGGUGUUGGUAGCGGUUGACACGAAAGCCAGAGAGAGAAAGAGAGAGAGAGAGAGAGAGAGAGAGGGAGGGCAACCACCCCCCGCCCCCCGAGCAAUGGAUCUUGCGCUUCUACUCUUGGUGGUGCUGCUCAGGCAAGAGGUCGCAGCUCUGAAGCUACUCCAUAUAAACGUCCCAGCGUACACAUUAAGGGGCAAGAACGCAAUUCUGGAGUGCAGCUAUGAUCUAGAAUCGGACAAGCUCUAUUCUUUUUCGUGGUACAAGGAUCACGAAGAAUUCUAUAGAUACGUACCCAGGAGUGACCCGACACAACAUAGUUAUCACGUCGAGGGUAUUAAAGUGGACCACCGACACUCUAAUAAUACACGAGUGCAACUACAAGAUGUAAGCUUUCACACCAGUGGGAGGUACAAGUGCGAAGUUGUCGCAGAGGCACCUAACUUUUAUUCGGUUAUUGCUGAAGCCAAUAUGGAGGUCAUAGCUCUACCCCAAGAAAGUCCCAAGAUAACGGGCGAAGAAAAGAUUUACGCUAGCGGCGACGUUCUUGCCCUGAAUUGCACCAGCGACAGGUCCCAUCCUGGUGCGCAUCUCAAGUGGUUCAUCAACGACGAACAGGUGAAAGCUGAUUUGGAAGGGAAACUAGAACAGCACGGUAUGAUCUCGAUGGUAUCGAGUCUCCGACUGAAACUUGAACCUGACCAUCUCUCUAGUGAGAAGAUAAACGUCAGAUGCGAAGCAAUCGUUCAAUCGAACCAAGAACAGAACGGUCAAAUCUAUGACGUAAGGACAACGGAAGUUUUCGUUCAAGGCCAAGCUAGUCUCCUGAGGCCAUCCGCGUGUCUACUGUUGACCCUUUUCACGCUACAACGAUUAUUGCUGCCUCUUUAGACACCCUAGAAAAAAAAAAAAAAAGAAACAAAAAAAAAUGAAAAAAAGAAUAAAAGAAAAAUGAGAGAGAGAGAGAGAGAGAUAAAAAAGGGAUUAAGAAUUUCCUAAGACUUUCUUUUGUCCUUUCUCUCGCUCACUUUCAUCUCGCAUUUUUUUUUCCCAGCCUUAAAAAGAAGAGAGAAAAAAAUAGAAUGAAAGAAAGAGAGAGAGAGAGAGAGAAUGAAAGGGUGAGAGGGUGAAAAAGAUUAAGAUCAGAGGAAAAUAAGAACGUAAUAAAAAGAAGAAAAUAGGAAAAGAGGAAGAAAACGGAGCAUUACGUUUCGUGACGAUAGACAAUCACGUCGUCGAUAAUGAUCGAUGAUGAUGGAUGAUUAAAUAUGGUUGGCAAGUAACAGGAAACGUUGGGGCAAGUAGUUAUCAAUUAAUUAAUAAAGUUGACUGUACAGUCUCGCAUCUCGCGAAAAGGAUACCAAGUAUCUCUACUACAAUUGUUGUGUUUCUCGGGUAUCACCCGUUAUAAUAUAAAGAUUGCGCAUAGAUAGUCAAUUGUGCGAAGAACGAUAGGACAAAACAAAAAAAUAAAACAAAAAUAUCGCGGUGAAGAGGGAAGAGGGGGGAGAAGUGAAAAUAAAAGAAAAAUAUCGACUCGCAUAAAAGGGUUGCAUCGAACUUGAAUAACGCACAAGAGAGAAAAAAGGGAAAGAGAAGGAGAGAAGGAAAAAGGGAAUGGAAGAUAAAUAGAAAAAAAAACACACAGACAAGAAAAAGGAUAGAUAUAUAUAUAUAUUUAAAUCCUUUAACGUCAUAUUGUAAUCGAGCACUGAUCGUAAACGAAUAAUUGAACACCCGAACGAAAUUGAAUUAUCCAAAAAAACGUGAAAUAGAAUUGAAUUCUAUAUAAAAAUCUAAAGUGUCACAAGAGUUAUAUAUUAUACAUAUUAUAUUAUUUACGAUAUAAAAAUUUAGAAAACAAUUUCUUUCUUAUCUUAUCGUCAAAUGCAAUAUAAUAUAAAAUAUCUAAUGCAAUAAAGAAAGUCACGAUAACUGCCAUCGACAAAAAAAAAAAAAAAAAAAAAAAAAAAAAAAAAAAUUAAGAAAAAAAAUUGUCGAAAAGUUUUUUGGAUGUUUCUUCGAGACAUGAAUCUUCGUACUUUUUUCUACGAUGUGGAAGUGAAAAUCGGGGAGGGGGGCGAUGGGAGGAGAGGGAUAAAGGAACCAUGGUGUAUAGAGAGAAGGUUACGUUUGAAAAAGGAAAAUCCAACAUUGAUUUCUCGAGAAAGAAAGAAAGAAAGAAAGAAAUAAGAGAAGAGAGUGGAGAAGAAGAGAGGAGAAGAGAAAUAAGGGUAAAAGCUUCGAAUCGGAAAAAGCUGCGGCACUUUUAUUUUCUACUACGAGUAUAUCACAGAGAGUGCUAUUCGUUCUCGUCUUGUCGUAGUGUUUCCAUUUCGACGAACGCAUUACUAUGAGAGCGAGCGUUAUCGCUGCUAGGUAUGUAGAAAAAAAAGAAAAAAAAAAAAGAAAAAAAAA